AGUAAAUAAACAGCAGCUCUGUGAGAGUUUGUAGCCUGCAGAGCUCUGAUAUCUGCUGCCUCAGUCAUGGAGUUAAAUAUGGCAAAAUGUUUCUAUUUCUGGACAGGAGGUGUUCUAGGAAUCACAGCAGAUGGGAAGUUCCCUGGAGCACAAAGCUGCUGUGCAACUCUGUGAARCAGCACGAGCUGCUUGUAAACACCGAGCUACCUUCACGAGCCUUUUUUGACACAGCUGCAGCAGCUGGAUCACCACCAGAAAAAAAGGCACGAGAAGCUGCAGCCUGGGACCACUUCUGUUUACCAGCUUCUCGGUGGAGGAGGGCGGAGCUUGUCGUUAACCCCGCCCGACCGCCUCGUCCUCCUGCAGCACAUGGGAUGGGACAGCCGCUCCGCCUCCAAGCCUUUUUUUUUUUUUUUUUUUUGAAGAAAGGAUCAGAGAAACGACUCCUGGAAGUCGUGCACCAGCGCAUGGGUUUUAUUGGAGCUAAAACGAACCAGGCUGCUUUCAGCAUCAUCUGCUGGCUUCGGGAGCUGGACGGGGUCGCUGCUGCGCCGCGGAGCGACGUGCAGCGCGUCAGGAAAAUCAGGUUUCCUCUCAGCGACUUGUGUUUACACAGGAACCAUCCGAAGCCACGUUUCAGCAGGCAGGUCGGGACUGGAGUCCUUCUGUGCGGGCUUUGAAUACCUGCCUGUGCACGCUGGAAAUCAGGGAGUCCACCCGCUGCAGGGUGAACACGUGGAGCUUUAAAGUUCUGGAUGUGGGCAUGGAGGGCACGGGCAAGUGUUGGAAACUCAUCUGAAGUGGGCCUGAAAAGUAGUGUUUCGUCCCCCUCCUCUGCUCUGGUGUUGAGUUUUGAAACCAGACAAUAAUAAAAGUCUGCUGGGUGAACAUGCAGAGCCAGGAGCGCACAGACCGGAGCUUCCCCCUGACUUACAUCGGUUGGUGCUCGCUCGACAGGCGGACCACUCUGCCCAUGCUGCCGUGGCUGGUGGCCGAGAUCCGCCGGAGGGGCGAGAGGGGCGACUGCGGCCCCGUCCUGCAGCCCAGAGGAGUCCAGCUGCUGCUCAGCGCCCCCUUCCUCCGCUGCGUGCCCGCCGGCUGCAGCAACGCGUCGGUGUUCAUCUUCGAGCACAAGGCGCAGCUCGUCUCGCGCUUCAUCCACAACAGCAACGACCCGAGCUACUUCGCCUACCUGCUGAGGGGUCAGCCGGAUAACCCGGAGUCAGAGAUGUCCUGUCACGUGUUCAGGGCRGGAGACCCCAACCAGGUCCCAGAGGUAAUCAGUAGUAUUCGACAAGUGUCCAAAUCGGCCCUAAAGGAAGACACCAAACCCAAACAGGAAACUGAUGAAGCCUUCUACAACUCACAGAAAUUUGAAGUUCUAUACUGUGGCAAGGUGAUGGUUGGCCAUAAGAAAGCUUCAGCCUCCCUGAUUGAUGACUGCAUUGACAAGUUUCGUCAGCAUGAGAUCGAACGUAAGCGCCUCCGGCUGCUCAACGGUCAGCGAGGGUCUGCGGAGAACACAUCCCUGGAGUUGCUCGUGGGGGUUGAAGGAGACCCUCUGUCUGCCCUGAACACGAGCAAGGAGGAAAAUGAAGCUCCUGAGGAGGAGGACARGCUCGCAGGUAAAUGUCCGCUCAGCAUGACUAGUCAGAGCAGCCUGCGAGGAGCGUURCCCGAGUGCAUCCUAGAGGACUCUGGCUUCGAGGAGCCCCAGGUGUUCCGCACACGCUGCAGCAGCAUGGCAGGAAGCCUGCAGAGGAAGCCAGGGGAAGGUGGCAUCAUGGGUCCUACCCGCCGCCGCCAUGCCAGUGCGCCCAACAACGUCCAGCCGUCCGACUCGGACAAGAACCGCACCAUGCUCUUCCAGGUGGGACGAUUUGAAGUGAACCUKAUCAGUCCUGACAGUAAAACAGUGGUCCUGGAGAGGAACUUCAAAGACAUCUCAUCCUGCUGUCAGGGUGUUAGACAYACGGACCACUUUGGAUUCAUCUGUCGGGACCAAUCUGAGCCUGGUCCCAGUCAGUACGCCUGCUACGUUUUCCAGUGUGCCAGUGAAUCCUUGAAUGCAGCAAAUAGCCUGACAGCAGCAGACAGCACGYCCACCGGCAGCCGCUUCAAACUCGAUCUUCUGAAGAGUAAAGCCCGCACUUCUCUCACCAGCUCAUUGGAAAACAUCUUUGCGAGGGGUGCCAAUCGAAUGCGGGGCCGCUUGGGAAGCAUGGGGAGCAUGAGCAGUUUUGAACGACAGGAUGAAGAGUCUCCAGGUKACUCUCCUCCAGGUUCUCCUCCUGCCUUCCCUGACGACGAGCUGGAAUCCGGACAGCACUUCCGUCGGCGCGCACACACCUUCAGCCACCCGCCGGUGAGGAAYCGCAUCUCCUUCGAGGGCCAGCCAACCAACCAGAGCAAGCAGGCUCCUCUCCGCAAACAGCAGUCGGUCACUCCAGAGCUGCUGCAGGGCAGUCCAGCACCUGUCUCGAGGACGCGCAGCGUGUCGGAGAGCGAAUCCUCCUUCAGCCUCCCCUCCUCCUUUUCUGCUCCCACUUUCCUGAAAAGCUUUUACCAGGGCUCUCUGGGCUCCCUGAGCUCACUGGCAGACAGUGGGAACCUCAAAAGCAAUGGGGAAGGCAGAAAACGAACCCUGUCUACCUGCAGCAAUGACUCGCUGAGUGGAGGUCUUCCUCAGACCCCACGCAGAGUCUCCUGGAGACAGAAGAUUUUCCUGAGCAUUGCGUCACCCAUCAACAAYCCAUCUGCAUCCAUGCAGCACACAGACCACCCAGACAGCACAGAGCUGCUGCCUUUAUCUCCRCGUUCCUUGGACCCUGGUUUGGACCCUUUAAGCCGACUUUUACCCUCAACACAUUGUCAGCUGUCUGAUAAGAGGCCUACAAGGACAGCAGCCGACUACAGGGCUCUCUGGAAGACAGCCAUCCAUCAGCAGAUCCUGCUUCUGCGCAUGGAAAAGGAGAACCAGAAACUAGAGGCGAGCCGUGACGAGCUCCACAUUCGCAAAAUGAAGCUCAARUACCAGGAAGUGUGCCAGUGCUCCAAGGAAGCUCAGGCAUUGUGGGAGAAAAAGCUGACCGCUCCAGGCAGAACGAUGAACCCACAAGACAAGGAGGAAAUAUACCACGCACUCUGCCAAGGAGUUCCAAAGAGCCGGCGCGGCGAGGUCUGGUUGUUUCUGUCCCAUCAGCACCGGCUGCAGAACAGACUGCCCCAACGCCAGCAAGCCCCUGAAACCCCCUACCAAGAUCUGCUCAAGCAGCUCACUGCACAGCAGCACGCCAUUCUGGUGGAUCUAGGCCGGACCUUCCCCACCCACCAGUACUUCUCAGCCCAGCUUGGUGCUGGACAGCUUUCUCUCUACAACCUCCUGAAGGCCUACUCUCUGCUGGACACAGAGGUUGGAUACUGUCAGGGCAUCAGCUUUGUGGCCGGAGUUCUGCUGCUCCACAUGAGUGAAGAGCAGGCUUUCGACAUGUUGAAGUUCCUGAUGUACGACCUCGGCAUCAGGCGGCAGUACAAGCCGGACAUGGUCUCUCUGCAGAUUCAGAUGUACCAGCUCUCCAGGCUGCUGCACGACUACCACCGGGACUUGUACAAUCACUUCGAGGAGCACGAGAUCUGCCCGAGCCUCUACGCAGCGCCGUGGUUCCUCACACUCUUCGCCUCACAGUUCCCCCUCGGCUUUGUGUCGCGCAUUUUCGAUUUUGCGUUUGCACAGGGGACUGAUGUGGUCUUUAAAGUGGCCCUCUGUCUGCUGAGCAGCCAUGAGGGGGAGAUAGUGGAGUGUGACAGCUUUGAGAGCAUCGUGGACUAUCUGAAAACGACACUCCCGACACUCACACAAGCACAGAUGGAGCAGACCAUUGCCAAGGUUAUGGAGAUGGACAUCUCCAAGCAGCUGCAUGCGUAUGAAGUGGAGUACAACGUCCUGCAGGACGAGAUCCUGGAGAACGCCGCACCGCUGCUCGACGACUCGGACCGGCUCGACAAAUUAGAAAAGACCAACGUGCAGCUAAAGAAGCAGAACAUGGAGCUGCUGGAGAAACUCCAAGCCGCGCGGCAGAAAAUCCAGUCGCUGGAGACGAGUGUCGACAACUUCCUCUCCCGGGAGAGCAAAAUGAAGCACAUGAUUCGCUCCCUGGAGCAGGAGAGGGUAGCGUACCAGAGGACCAUCGAGCGCAUGCGUUUGUGCCUUCCCCCCGACGCCCUGACAGAUGUGGAGAUGACCCAGAUCAAAACAGGACCCAACGGGAAAGCCAAAACCGCAGCCAAGAAGCCCUGAUGGUAACCGGGGUGGGGGGGACGGUAGGGGAGGGGAAGGGUGGGGGUUUGGGAGAAGCAGACGCACAGGCGGGAAACUGAGACUGACAAAUGAAGUCUGCCGAGUGGAAGGCUGCCGCACUUUCUUUUUUUCUUUUUUUUCUUUUUGCCCGUGCUGGAAAAAGUGCGAGCGUUUUGUUUAAAAGUGUGAUGUCCCGAGACAAACACACUGGAUGGAGUGUGUGUGGGGCGGAGGAGGAGGCGGGGGGGUGGGGGAUUACAUAAUGUGUUUGCGGGUGGGAGGAUGCUUUCUUGUUCUGGUUCCCGAAGUUUUCGAGAGAAGCUGCUGUUUGUCUCAGCUGUUUCACUGCCAGUUUCCAAGGUAGAACUCAGCGUCUGCACCAGCCUCCCAGAUUAGACUGAUCAAAAGGGAAACUGUUUCUGCCUCUAAUGAUUUCUAGCACUGCCUUYAUGUUUUUACUACCUGACUCGCACCAAAAACAUGCAGUAAACAGAAGGUUGGAAAUGAAUCUUUUUUUUUUAAAAAAAGACCUUAGGAUCAAAUUACAGCAUUAGCAGUGGUUAUAGAGAGGAAGAUUUUUGCUGUUUUCAGAUUUACCAGUGAUGGAAACUCAGCCUCAGACGAGUUACGUUGCUUUCUUACAUCUCCUUCACUUGAAAUGCUUAUGAAUGUAAUUUCGCCCCUUAAAUAAUUGUGACAAUUAUCUUUUUUUUUUUCAUCACUGGGCACUUGUUUGCUUUUAAUUUUCGUCUGAUAUAAUGUGUAUGUUUUCUUUAUCCCACCGCCUUCACGUGUGAAAUCUUUUGCACUUGUUMUAUUUUUAAGGAGGAAAGUGUUUUCUUCCAAAGCUCAGGCAGAYUGGGAGGUUGUGUGCCUCUUAGGUUUCCAGUGUGACCAGCUGCACGGUCACCUCUCUUUUUUUAAGCAUUACUUUCAGACAGCUACUCUGUGCUCACACUCCCCAGGAGUCGUGGAAUAAACCCGUUUAGGGUGGAUCUGAAGGUGCACACUUUAGAUUAAAAACUUUUUGUCAGAGACAGCAACAUCUGCUAAUACGGCCUCCAAGAACAAGGAGCUCGRGUUGUCUCGCCCCACAUUUUGCUGCUUUUUAAGGGUGAUUUAAACUUAAAGUCGCACGUCUUGUUCCCCCUGCUGAGUGGGAAAAAAUUGCGUCAUUUCCGUCUGCUCUCCCCCAGUGACAGCCGUCGUGCCCCCAGUCAGAACUCUGCGACACAGACCUUGCGGCUCGGAGCGUGUGAUUGGUUAGAGCUUCAUGGAUGUGUUUGUUCAUGAGGAGCAAGCGGCGGUCCAACUGCUUGCUCCUCUGGCGGUCCAGAGUUGGACUCAGAGCAGCUCUUCCUUCAUGUUAUUUUGUUUAAAAUGAUUUUUUGUCUGAAGCCAGUUGUUAAAAGAGCUAGAAGAGCUGGUUUGAUCCUAUUGAACGUGAGCAUGCAGCUGAUGUUUACGUCUUUCUUUUUCCAUCGCCACCGUUAACAAUUUUUUUUUGUUUUUUUCCGCAGACUUUUCACCCAACACAACACUGAUUGUUGAGUCGGGGUAAAAAAACAUUAUCCAGCCAUCAUUAUUGUUGUUUUCCUACCUCACUUGGCAGAGGGAGGGAUUAUGAUCAUUUACGGCCCYCCGCGUCUUCAGCCCGUUUAUACUCGGUCAGAAAAAAGAUGUCAGAUUUUUUGUCACUCAGCAGGGGGGAACAAGAUGUGUGACURGAAGUAUAAAACAAGCUUUACAUAUUGGGGUUUGCAGGAAAACUUGAGCGCUGAGGUGAGCAAAGAGACAGACUAGGAAGAAAAACAAGGACUUGAGAACACUUGAGCCUCCUUGUCACMGAGUAUUAUAUAAAAUAUAUGCACACACACACACAUACACACACAGUGAAGUGGCUGCAGAUGAACUUCUUUUAUAUGUUUUUAAAACUCGUCCCUGAUUCACUCGAGUUUUGUUUUAGUCCACCUCCAUGUCUGCCUCUCCAUUAUCACCUUUUAUCGACGGAGGCCCAGUCCGAGUCAUCUUUAAAAUCAAGCCAGUGUAAGUGUUUAUCCAUCUUGCUGCCCUUGGGGACAAGUUGUAGUGACACAUUUGUGUCCAUUUUCAGUGGAAAGUUUUUACUCUGAAACUUUAAUCCAAGAGGAUGUUAUCAUUUGGCAGCCAGCUGCAGCGCACACACCCUCUGAACUUGGUGCACUUUUGUCAAAUCACAGCAGCUAAAGAUUUUGUGGGCCUUGUAAAUACCUGAUUUCUGUUGAUUGAGGUGUCAUCGUUAAGAACUGGAUUGAAACAUCAAACAGCUGAUUUWAAAAAGUCUGUUGAUGAAUUCAUGCAAUGUAUUUUCUGUAACUAUAGUUUUAAUGAAGUCAUGUAGUAGAAAAAAUUUAACUGUUUUCCACCAUGUGUUUUUUUUUUUUUUGGGGUGGGGCCCUAAAGACAAAAACUUGACAAGAUACCAGAACUUGGUAGUAAAUAUUUGUAGAAAUCGGUUUAUUUUUGUGCCAAACCUUAAGGCCUURACUGUGAUCAGUGAGGGUUAUUUUUUACUUUCACAUCAGGUGUUCUGAGUCCUGGUUAUUAAAAAGUGCUUAUAUCACUGUGCUCAAACCUGAGGGCUAAUGGCACAAAAUAAUCAAAUCAUGUUCCUUUAGCAAUUCAUGUAGCCUUAAACUGAAAUGUUCUGGACGUGUGAGGUUGUGUUAAAGGCCAAGGUAAACGUGGACAGUUUUUAGAGUCUAUUUAAAGGUUUUUCCAGUCCGUUUUUUUAUGCUUUUGGCAAAGAGAAAUACACAUAAAAACCUUGGUCAGUGCUGUCUUGAAAAGAAUCAGCCUUGUAAAAUUUCUGAAUUUGCCAUAAUAUUGUAAAAUAAAUAAAGUUUAAUUGAAUGACUUGA